AUUACAUAUUUUCAUGAAGAUAUUGAAAAGGCAUUGGCUUCACAACCCACAGAACCAGAGGAUGAGGAGAUGGCAGAUCCUCCACCAUCACCGAAUACUCUCAAAAUGAAUCAGCGAAGGAAGGCAUUGAGCUUAAUAAUACAAGUGAGGCCUCCGAAAAAGGGAAAAGCUAUCCUUUUCCCUCGACAUCCAGUGACAGAGGUUCUCGGAGCCUAUGAGGCAGCCAAGUUUGCGAGCACCCAGCCCAAACAGAAUUCUACUCCAUCACAGCUAUCUAAUGAUUCAGUGGAUCUCGUCGUGAGGGUUUCAGCAGAGGUGCAUCGAAUGGUUCGUUCUUUAGAGAUGAGCGAGGUCCCACGUAGCUUUUUAAACGAGCAGAUGCAUCGCCUUGCUGAUGAGGCCUUUCCAGAUCAUGAUGAUCCGAUGCAGCAAGAAUCGUGGAGUCAGUAUAUGCGCUUGGCAACGGCUUUUGUUGUGGAUGCCCUCAAAAUGAACGAUAAGGUCAUUUUAGAGGGUACUAGUAUUGAAAAAGCUCCAAUGGAUCGCGACAUCUCAGGAAACCAUGCUGAUGAAGACAUAGACGAAGAUGCAGAUCAAUUUCCCUUGUAACUGAUGCAAGGUUUAUAAGCGACUAACUCAUCUUUUGAGGCUAACUUUUUGAAACUCACUUAGACUUUUGAAACCAUGUGGAUGUAUGCAUAUAAUGUUGUAAGUUGUUAGCCUAACCUUGGUGAUACAAUUUCUAACUGCUGUAGUUAUUAA